AUGGAGACGUACCACGACGCGCGCAUCCAGUUCGUCGGGAAAGUCAGCGACCUCGCCUUCUCCCCGCAGGUAACGCUUUUUUUUUUCUCUCUCUCUCUCUCUCUCUCCCACACAGGCCAGGACUUCCCUACCCCUCCCCUUCCCGCCACCCCUCCCUUCCACCUCCCAGCUUCCCCCGUAUCCCCUCUCUAUAGCCCUCGUCUCAGCCACCCGCGCCUUCUUUCAUGCUCUGUUCGCUUGCGUUUCCCCUCCUCCCCCUUUUCCCCCUCGUCCCCUCCAUCCUCCCCGCCACACGCGCCGCAGAACGCGGAGGCGUUCUUUUCGUUGGGCGCCAUGCAGCUGCUCCUGCCGCUCAUGCAUGACGUCAUGUCGUCCGUGCGAUCCGCCGCGAUUCUCUCGUUGGGCCGCCUCGCCAACGUGUCGGACACGUGGGCCAAUGACAUCGUCGAUCGCAACAUACUCCCCGACCUCUGCAAGGCUCUCGCCGCAAAGCACCGUUCUCUCGUUGCUUCCCUCCACUCUUUCUCCUCUGUCUCUCACCACCCUCGCUUCCCCGUCUCCUCCUUCCCGUCUCCCCCCUCACCCGCGUCUUCCCCCCUCACGUGCGUCUUCCCCCUCACCCCGCUGUCCCUCGUUCACCCCCUUCCACUCGUCAGCGGCAACAACCGGCACCACAAGCGCGCCGCCGCGUUCGCCGUCAAGGCCGUGGCGCGCCACGCUGGCGCUGAGCUGGCGGCGGUCGGCAGCAGCGGCCCGGGUAGCGUCCUGCCGGUCCUCGCGGAGUGCCUCACAGACGCGAUGCCGGCCGUGCGCGAAACGGCCGCGUGCGCUUUGGGCCACGUGGCGAAGCAGAGCCGCGAAGCGGCGACGCGCGUGAUAGAGACCGGCGCGGUGGCGACUUUAAUAGGGUCGCUACACGACGAGGAGGUAGCGCGAAUGGCGCUGUCGGUUCUAGGAGACAUCGCGCGGCACUCCGCGGAACACGCGACUAUUGUGGCGGACGGGGGGAGAGGGGAGGCGGACGGCGGGGCGGGCGCAGCGGAAGGCGGGGCGAUCGGGAGAAUCGUGGCGCUGCUGGGAUCGAAGGACGUGAAGAUGCGCCGCCAGGUGUGCGUGUGUCUAUCGCAAAUCGUGAAGCACUCCGAAGCUCUCGCCAUUCGCGUGGCGUGCGCGGAGGGCAUAUCGCGCCUCUUCCUCUGUCUGCACGACUCCGACCAAGCCCUCCGCCGCAACGCCGCCUUCGCCAUGCGCGAGAUUGCGCGCAAGUCGCCCGCCGCCGCGGACCGCCUCAUACACCUGGGCGCAAUCGGCCCCGUUAUAGACGCGGUUCUUACAGAGGAGGGCGGCGCGGGUUCCGCGCGCCUGGCGGUCGUGCAGGCGCUGGGGCACCUCGCGGGCGCGGGGGGGGAGGGCGCGCUGGCGAUAGUGGCGUCUGAGGGGGUCGCGCCGCUUAAAGAGCUGCUGAUUCAGCCUGACGUGGAGGAGAGCGUGCGCGGCGCGUGCGCGUGGGCGCUGAGUCAGAUCGGGCGGCAUAGCUCGGCGCAUGUGAAGGCCGUGGCGGAUUCUGGAGCGUUGAUUGACAUGGUGACGGUGGCGACCGUUGAUCUCGCACAUGCUGCUUCUGGUGCUAGCAACGCUGCUGGUGGCGCUGCUGCUGCUUCGCUGGCAGCAGUCGAGGCGCGCACGAGAAUAGUGAGGGCCUUAAAAGACCUAGUUAGUGGGGUGGGCGAGCUCGAGUCGCUAGACUCGCUGCUACAGUGGACCACUCUCCCCGAAGGGGUGCUAGAAGCGGUGCUUCUGCGAAUCUUCCACGUCCUUAAUAGCAGCAGCAACGCCUGCCGCUCCACCUUCGUCCAAUCGCGAGGCUUCGCGAAGCUGCAGAGGUUGCAUGAGGAGGCAGAGGCGAGAAGAGCGGCGGCUAACGCGGCGGGUGGAGAGGGAGGAGCGGGAGGAGCGGCUUGUGUGCAUAACGGGGUGGACUAUAACGCGGUUUACGACCAUAUCGCCAUGAUCAACACGUUCUUCCCGUUUGAGGUCUCUGUAACGUACCCGCCGGAGUACCAGCAGCGGCUACUGGAGAAGCUUACAGCGAGUAUGAACGCGGACUCGUCUGGGUCUGGGUCCCCCGGGAAGAAGGGCAAGGGGAAGCUUCCGCGUCUCAAGAUAGGCAAGGGGGGGUACCUCGUGGGGAAGGGCGGUUGGGAGGAGGCGGAGCUGUCGCCUGGGGAGAGCGAGGAGGAGGUGGGGAAGCGCCUGGGGAUGGCGGACCUGGUCGGGGGAAGGAAACCGCAUGGGAUGGCGGGGGAAGCGGGGGAGGCGGAGAGGAGUGGGGAAGGGGAGGCAGGGGAUGCGGUGGUGGUGGAAGAGAGGAGCGGGGAGAGCGGAGCUGUGUUGGCGGGUCAAGGAGGGGAGAGUGCGGAUUCAGGGGAGAGGAGAGGAGAGGCGUCGUCAGAAGCAGUCUCAGCAGGCAGCAGCAUGCUCCAGCAGGGGGCACGCUGUGAAGCACCUGGGGCUGAUGGUCUCUCUUUCCUCAACCCAAGAAGCUUCAGGCGGACCUGCGAUGCUGCUGCAGCAGGCAUGCUGUGA